AUGGCCAAGAUUAUCACUUUCUCCGCUGCAUCGCUGCUGGCAAUCGUCGAUGUGACCAACGCAGCUACCGCUGGAACGCCUGCCAACGAAAGCUGCUCCCUGGUCGAUUUCACGACUCAAGGCACUCAAUUCCUCCUCCUGAACAACGCAAUUGACGUUGCAACCCAGUCAACACUACUGCCCGGGUUCGUUGAGGAUUAUGAUCCUCUUGUACUCCAGAACAUCAACCUCGGUGCGUUCACCUACUCCAUUUUGGGGCAGGAUCUCACGUUCACACCCAUGCUCGAACAUUUGAACGUGACCGGGCUUGCAAAUAUUGUUCCGGAGCACAUCAACGCUUCAUCGUCGAACAGCAUCGAUCUUGGUGCAUAUGGCAUUGGUGAAGUUUCAAUUGACGCGGCCGUGAGCUUGACGCUGGAGGAGAUUGACACGUCAAUCUCUGUCGAUGUAUCGCUCACAUUGGGCAACCCCACCCUGUCAGCGAGCGUACAGACCGACAUGUACGGCUGUUCACUCGGUGCAUCGGACUGCAAGGACUUCACUGUCACCACGAUCGAAGUUGCCGGAGUUGAUGGUAAGUACAAUACCAUUAUGGACUCGCUGCUUCUUCGAUUCAAGUCUUGUGCUGUUCAAACGAUAACAUUGGACUUCAACUCCAUUGUCAACUCCGAUUUCAGCUUUCACGGUUCUGGGUCAAUCAUCUCAGCCAUCACAGAGGUAGUGGCAGACUUCUCGGCUGAUGAGAUUAACAGGAAGGGUGAUAUCUACGACACGUUCACGUCAAACAUUAACGACCAGUUGCUGUCGGUGGCCAACGGCUACAUUGACUCGAAGCUCAAGCCAAGCUUUGGUGCCACUUGCGUCGAGUGA